AUGUCUGAUGAUUCAAUUACUCCUUUAACCAACGAUACAUCAAAUGUUACUUUCUUCAAGAAAAGUAAGAUCGGUAAAAAUGUUCGUAAACGCAAAAAAUCUCCGUCUCCUAAUGCUUCCUCGGAGGUUGCUGAAGAAGGUUCUGCAGUAGUAACAAAAGAACGUAAAUUAGAUACUUCACAUCCUUUUGUGCAAGGUACAAAAAAAGGAAAACAUACCGAGGAUAUCGGUGUCACCUUUUCCGCAAGCAAAUCCGCAAUAUCGUCAUUAUCUCAAGACAUCGCUACACGAAAGGCUGAAUGGGAUACGGAAACUGAUCGUGAUGCUCAGGCUUUGUUAGAAAAGAAACUAGCUGCUGAAGAAGCCGAUGAUGACAAUCUUUAUAAAGGUCAAAAUGCUUAUAAAACAUAUAUAAAAAAACGUGAUACUGCUGCUGGAAAUGCCGCAAGCUCAAAAAUAAAAGCCGGUCCAAUUCGUGCCCCUACAAAUAUUCGUGUUACUUCGCGAUUUGAUUAUCAACCAGAUAUAUGUAAAGAUUACAAAGAAACUGGUUAUUGUGGUUACGGUGAUUCUUGUAAAUUCUUGCAUGAUAGAGGUGAUUACAAAUCUGGAUGGCAAUUAGAAAGAGAAUGGGAGGAAAUGCAAGGAAAAAUUCGACAAGACAAAAGUGAAUUUCUUAUUGAAAGUAGUGAUGAAAGCGAUGACGAAUUGCCUUUUGCUUGUUUAAUUUGUAGGCAAGAAUAUAAAAAUCCCGUGGUAACAAAAUGUGGUCACUAUUUUUGUGAAAAAUGCGCAUUACAGAAUUUUACCAAAAGUCCGAAAUGCUAUGCUUGUGGUGCUGCUACCAAUGGUAUAUUCAAUACUGCAAAAAAUAUAUUACAAAAACUGGAAGAAAAAAAGAAAAGACUAGUGGAGAAGGGGAUUGAAGUGCAGCAACCACAACAGCAGGAACAGCAGCAAAUUGAUAGCGAUAGUUCUGCUGAAGAAGAAUAA